UAGAAAGACAGACAGAUCAAAGUCUCAUCAAAAGAAAAUCACAGCUUAACUCAUGUAUACUUUUCUGCCAAGUUCUCUUUCACAGGAAAGGUUCUAUUCAUUACUCCCUAUGCUUUUCUUUACUAUCUUUCCACUCUUACUCUCUCUUCUGUUCAUCAUCAAAUGGUAUUUCAACAAUUCUGCCACCAAAAAACACUUACCACCUUCACCUCCAAGAUUCCCUUUACUUGGUAAUCUCCAUCAAGUUAGCUUAUUCCCUCACAGAUCACUCCAAGAUUUAGCUCACAAGUAUGGUCCUCUAAUGCUUCUUUAUUUAGGGAAGGUACCAGUGGUUGUAGUUUCCUCAGCUGAUGCAGCAAGUCAGGUAAUGAAAACUCAUGACUUGAUCUUCUCUGAUAGGCCACAACGUAAAAUCUUUGAUAUCAUGUUGUAUGGUUCCAAAGGUGUAGCAAGUUGUGCAUAUGGUGAGUAUUGGAGACAAGUAAGGAGUCUUAGUGUGUUACACCUUUUGAGUAACAAAAGGGUUCAAUCUUAUCGUCGUGUUAGAGAGGAAGAAACUGCAAAAAUGAUGCAAAGUAUUCAACAGAAGAAUACUUGUGUGAAUUUAACAGAGUUGUGUUCUACAAUUACUAAUGAUAUAACAUGUAGGGUGGCUCUAGGAAAAAGAUAUGGUGAAAAAGGUGGGGUAUUGCCGGAGCUGAUGUUGGAGUUUGGAGAGUUGUUGGGUUCAUUCUUUAUAGGAGAUUAUAUACCUUGGCUUAAAUGGUUGGGUAAGGUUAAUGGUUUCUAUAGCAAGGCAGAAAAAGUGGCUAAACAUUUGGAUGAAUUUUUUGAGAAAGUUAUUGAGGAGCACAUCAGUGGUAGUAGAUCUGAUGGACAUGUUGGUGAGGGAACCAGUGAUUUUGUGGACAUUUUGCUUUCAGUUCAAAAGAGCAAUGCUGCUGGCUUUUCAAUUGAUAGAACUGCAAUUAAGGGUUUGUUACUGGACAUGUUUGCUGCAGGUACUGAUACUACCUACACAGUCUUAGAAUGGGCAAUGACAGAACUGUUAAGACACCAAACAGUGAUGCAUAAAUUGCAAGAUGAGGUGAGAACUGUGGUAGGUAAUAGAACUCAUGUAACUGAAAAGGAUUUGGUUAACAUGAACUACUUGAAGGCUGUGAUUAAAGAAACUCUUCGCCUGCAUGUCCCUAUUCCAUUAUUAGUCCCUCGAAAAUCAAUGGAAGAUAUCAAACUAAACGGCUAUGACAUUGAAGCUGGAACAGAGGUUAUAAUCAAUGCUUGGGCUAUUGCAAGAGACCCUUCAAGUUGGGAACAUCCUUUAGAGUUUAAACCAGAAAGGUUUCUGAACAGUUCAAUAGAUUUCAAAGGAUUUGAUUUUGAACUUAUCCCAUUUGGAGCAGGAAGGAGAGGUUGUCCUGGAGUGUUGUUUGCUAUUGCUGUCAAUGAAUUGGUGCUAGCAAACCUUGUUCACCAUUUUGAUUGGAAAUUGCCUGAUGGAAUUGCAGAGAAAGAUUUGGACAUGUCUGAAGUUGUUAGCUUUACUUGUCAUAGAAAAAACCCUCUCAUUGCAAUAGCUACCAAAUAUGUGAAAAAUGUAUAAACAACCUAAGGGAAAUAAGUCAUAUGUAACACAAACACUUUAGAUUAAAGGUAUAUCUGGCGUGUGACACGUCUUAGUGUUAGAUAUAGACACGAUAACAACAUAUAUAAUUAUAUUCAAUCAUUUUUAUUUUCUCAAACUAUUUUUGGCGUCAAUGUGUAAUCAGAGACGGUUUCAAGUGUGUCAGUGCUUCAUAUGAAAUAACACAUGGCUAAGGCAGUAGAGACGUGUUA